CUGUUACUUUCGACACUGCACGGCUAAUAAAUAAACCAACAAAAGCCAAGCCCAUGGCCCAGGUGUUCUUGCCCACCACUGAAUGUACUGUAGUCAUGCACCGAUUUCGCAGCAACUACAUCUAUCAUACUCAUAGUAAUAGUAUGUACCGGUUAUAAUGUAGCACAGUAGUCGUGCAGCGGUUGAUGUCCUUUGGGUUCUUGAAUCUUCUACCAUCGUCGACCUUCGCCCACCCCUCUGCCGCUCGGAAAGGACGGGCCUUGUCGGCCACUGCUCAUUUCCGCUUUUUGGGUCGGCAGAAUGGGGUAUUCAGCUCAUGACUGGCUGCUCGCUAGUACAAUACUGCUGUUGCUGCUGCUGCUGCUCCUGCCGUCCUGUCAUCAUGCCUCUGCCAUAGACUUGGCAUCGGUGGAGGAAGAAGGUAGACCUACGACGCAGCCAGAAAAUUCAGACUGGUCACAAACGAAUGUUGCAAAUGAAAUCACGUCACGCUCCGCUGCAGAUUCUGUGCAUGUGACCAUGUCGACCGAGGCAUCGGCCGGUGCACCGGUCCCCGCUACCGGCGGCAGCGCUACAGGACAUGCUGUGAAAAAGUGGAGUGACUGUGUGAUAGACGGCAGUCGAAUGAUAUCGCAGGAAGCUGCCCAGCCGGUCACGCUGAGUGUGCGGGGAGCGAUGAUGAGUUCGAUGGAGAUAACACACGCCUACUUGAAGUACGAAAGUCCCGAGAGAGUCGUUACGCAACGAGCAGUGUUGGAUCUUAUGCCAUCCCACACCGUCAGACUGACCCUGCCUGGUGAAAACCUAGCGGACGUCAGUGCGGUAGUUGUGCCGUCGGUUAGAGCGCAAGUGUCGGCAGUAGGAGCGGUGCCGAUCUUCACAGCUCUCAGCGUGUCCGUAUUUCCGCUGCGUACUUCGACACCUGAGUGGGGUGUGUCGACGUGGCUGACAUUGCCCACAGUACACUGCGAUCAGGUGGAUGUACCGUGUACGCUGCCUGCAUCCUUGAGACCACCAAUGGCUGUUGCUACUCCUAGCGUGACCAUGGAGACCAGGAACCCGACACCGGCGGCUGGCGAGCAACCCGGCUCAGACGUGGUUUUCCUCGGCUUGGCAGAGAGGGACACGGGCAACGAGGAUGCAGUGUACGUGUGGCGAAACAACGUGCUGCGGUACGUUCGCGUCACCGGCAGAGCCACGCGGCAGGGUCCUUCGCUGUUAUUGGCCAGCAGCACGGCAACCAGAACAUACCCGGGUGUGGACUAUGACCAAGUAGGCUACACUGUAGUCGGCUUGUCCGCCCGUACCCUGACCGGGACCGGUGGGUCGACCAAAACUGUCACAGAGCUGUGGCGUCUAGACUUCACCAACAACUCUAGUGCGGCGGUGGUGGCACACUGGAGUCACAUUGUGACGCACGACGACAUCGGAGCAUUAGCCAAUGUGCUUAACGGCGUCGACUUGUUCGUUCACGAUAAUCAAGUUUUCUUAUUUUCACGUUACACGAAUGGCAGCGGUCAGUCUCCUAACGCCAGCAACUGUCAACUCUGGGCUGUGAACCUGACUGCACGUUCACGGAGCUGGAGUCAUGUCCGUAGCGCGGGUGCAUCACUGGAAAUGGUGUGCAUGGAUCGGGCGCAGGUCUCAUCCGCAUUCCUGGACGCGAACAGUUUGCUCAUGGUGCUUGUCCGUAACGAGUUCAAGAUACGGGAGCCGCUCGCCGGAACUCGAAUCCUCACGUGCAAGUUUAGCAAGGAGUCGUCGCCCUACUGGGUUGAGCUGCCAAUGAGCAAGGGCAACACUGCAAAGUUCAAUACUUCUAAGGCGGUGGCGGCAGAAGAGGACGUGUACAUAGUUAGUGAUGAAGAGCCAUACGCUGGCCUCCAUGUUGUUGAGAAGACCCAACCCCUAGCCAGUGUGACCAGCCAGGCUCAGUUGGGUACGGCCAGUUUUCUCGCCGCCCAGGCUCAGUUUACCUACACGGAAUUCUCUGCACCGACUCUGGAUUUGCCUCGCCUUGUCGCGGCACAGCCUCCGUUUCUCGGCCCGCUUCUCGAUUCGAACGGCAAUGCAGUGUUGUUUGGUGGCAAAGGCUGGUAUCAGAUCCAGGGCCUGCCAACACUUGCCACUGAACUGCAGUUGGACAUAGCCGACGGAAUACUCAACUCCGGCGCUGGCAGGAGCCAGAUACAGUACACCCGUCGCAUACUCUCCUCCGAGUUUGGGCCAGCUAACAGUACGGUGCUACUGCAAGGCAUGCUUUUUGUUUCCCUGCAGGGCAUUAAUGGUGCGGCUCCAGGGAAUGGCGAGGCUACAGGCAAUGACGAGGUUACAGGCAAUGGCGCGUGCGAAUGCUCAGCAGUUGCUCACGGCGGAGUCACGGCUCUCUCUGCGCAAACUAAAACAAAGUUAUCCUCGUCACUGUACUGCUAUCAUGUUUCCACGCACUCCUGGCACAAUGUUGCCGUGGUUACGGAGGACGGCAAGGCAGCAUCAUCAGGUCCCACGCCGCGCUUUGCACACAUGGGAUUUGCCGUGAAUGCAUCGGCGUUUGUCGUCGCAGGUGGCAUUGUUUCCGAGCAGGGAAGGACAGCGGACGAUGUCUGGAUGUUUGGCCUCCGAGGCAGCUCAAGCAGCCCUGCUUGCAGUGGAGUUUGGUAUAAGAUGACCGCUGCAUCUACUGGCAUAUCAAUGCCACGCAUUGCCGCAGCAAGUGUUACCGUGUUAGAUGGCAAUGCCCUCCUCUACGGUGGUUUUAGUGGUGCUCGUACAUCUUUAGAGCCUCUCGCCAGUCUCCUACAACUGUCCAUUCAUGCAUCCUCUCUGACGUAUCGGCUGCAUGCCGUUCCUGUGCCGACGGGAGUAUCAGAGGGACGCAUGGGCCACGCGCUGAUUCCGUACACCGCCAACUCCCUGCUUCUCUACGGCGGCUGGGCACGCGGGUACGAAGAGAGUCGGACGGCGCACCUACUACGGUACAGCACCGCAGCGGACGGCAAGAUGAUCAUCGACACGGUGUCAGCAUUCUUUCGGCACGAGUUCAUUGGUGGUCUUAACGUUGUACCAGCCAGUGGUGGACACGUUGUGCUGGCAGCUAGCUCAAACAUAGGGGCGCUCGAUGGUCGUCCACCUAUCCAGUUUCUCGCCGGCGAUGUGUGUCUUGCCGGCCAGCAGUACAAUCAGAUCACGGGCAUGUGCGACGCAUGUCCCGCGGGCACGUACAACAGCGAUGGACGCGCCUGCGUUCAGUGUCAGGCGGGGCUGGUCACAGCCGAGCCAUCGAGUACGUCCGCCGUCCAGUGCACACCGUGCACGCCGGCAUUCUGCAACAACCACGGCCGGUGUAGUGUCGUUAACAAUCAGCCAGUUUGCACUUGCUCGUUCGGAUACGCAGCCAGUGACAAUUGCGAAGCGCCGUACAUCGUCAUAACCAUGGUGAUUGGGUUGGUGGUAGCCGGUCUAGUUCUUCUGGGGUUCGGAGUCCGCUACACGAAACGCAAGCAAGCCGCCCAUCGGCUGAGCCGCGAGCUGCGUGCCUCCCAGAAACGCGUGUCCAAGCUGGUGAACGCUUGGCGAGUUAGCUGGAGUGAGCUGCGCAUGCGUCACUUGAUAGCUCGUGGAGGCUUCGGCCAGGUCUGGCUGGCUGAGCUCAAUGACAUCGACGUGGUGGUGAAGAAGCUGCAGGAGCACUGCCUGAACGACGAGUCGUCUCUGCGCGAGUUCCAGCGCGAGGCGGAACUCAUGCGCAUGCAUCGUCAUCCCAACCUGGUACUCUUCCUGGGCGCGGGAACAGAUCCGUCGGGAGAGCCAUUCAUUGUCAUGCAGUACGCCAAGCGCGGAUCUCUCAAGUCGCUGCUCGCCGACAAGUCGGCGGUCGUCAGGCACGACGAUCGGCUUCGCUUCAUGCUGGACGCGGCGCGUGGCAUGGCAUACCUACACGACUGCGAUCCGGCCAUUGUACACCGCGAUCUGAAGGCCUCCAAUCUGCUGGUCACGGAGCGGUUCGUCGUCAAGGUGGCCGACUUUGGCACGGCGCGGCUCAUAUCGUGUCUGGAUCAUCGCAACAGACGCUUCUUGUCUCUCCAGCGCCGAGAACUCACGGAGCAGCCGCUGAGCUGGACGACGGCAGCAGCGGGGACCAAUUGUCAGGCGCCUCUGCUGAUGAAUCCGAACAGCGACGUGACGUUCAGCAUCGGCACGUUGCAAUACCAGUCACCGGAGAUGAUGCGACAAUUGCCGUACGGGACCAGCUCUGACAUCUAUAGUUUUGGCUUGGUGUUGUGGGAGGCGUACGAACGCAAUAGUCCGUUCGCCGAGUACCGGUUCAUGCACAUGGUACAGGACGCUGUGCUGAACGGCCAGAGACCGUCGGUACCUACCGACAUGCCGCCCGAGUAUGCUGCACUCAUGCGUCAGUGUUGGCAUGGAGACCCCAAUCAGAGACCUCGGUUCGGAGCAGUUGUCGAGCAGCUCAAUAAGCAACUGCUUCACUGGUGCUGAUAAGGCAUGUGUUUGGGACGUGCGUUUGCACAUGUUGUCUCGUCGUAUCAUUCGAGUCGAAAGGCAAGGUGCUGGCAGGGAAACUCUGGUGACUUGAGGUGGUGUGGGUAUUGGUGUGUGCACGGUGUGUGUGUGUGUGUGUGUGUGUAUGUGUGUGUGUGUGUGUGUGUGUGUGUGUGUGUGUGUGUUUGUGCAUACCUGUGUGUGUGUGUGUGUGUGUGUGUGUGUGUGUGUGUGUUUGUGCAUACAUGUGUGUGUGUGUGUGUGUGUGUGUGUGUGUGUGUGUGUGUGUGUGCAUGUGCGUGUAUGUGUGUGUGUGUGUAUAUGUGUGUGUAUGUGUGUUUGUGUGUGUGUGUAUGUGUGUGUGUUUGUGCAUACAUGUGUGUGUGUAUGUGUGUGUGUACGCGUGUAUGUGUGUGUGUGUGUAUGUGUGUGUGUGUGUAUGUGUGUGUGUGUGUGUGUGUGUGUGUGUAUGUGGCCAGCAGCAUGCAUCAUAUAUUAUUUUAUUGGCGAGUUUUGAAGUUAUGAUAUUUAUGGUCAGCCUAAGAAGAAGGGACCAGUCAUUCUUACUGUGCGUAUGAUCAAAUAUGCAAGGUUUCAAUGCAGGUGAUUUCGGAACUUGUUGAGCUAUACUGAUCAUCGAUCAACCUUAUGUAAGAGAUUGUGUACAAUGAGAACAUGGAUUGGAUUUUUCGCAACGACGCGAUAUGAAUAUAUCGUAUAGUA